CAAGCGGUGCGGAGCUCUGAGGGUUUAGCGCCUGUUGCCCGUGUGUGCGGGGCGACUGCUGCUGUUCGCUUGGCCGGAUCAGGGUGAGCCUCCGCCGGCUGUGUGUGUGUGAGUGAGCGGGUGUGAGAUAGCGGGUGCGCCCGGAGCGAGCAGCCGCUGCUGUGGAGCGGAGGAUGGGGGCGAGGCGGGGACUGGAGUCGGUGUAACGCCUCCAGGCUCGGGCGGAAGGGACGGAGCUCGAGUUGAAGCACUUGUGGAGGCUGGCGCGGGCAGAGCUGCUGCGGACUCGGGGGCUUUACGGGCGGGUUUGAGCGGCGGAAUGCGAGAGCAGCAGCCGGGGCUGAGCGCGUGAACACCGCGGGUUCCGGUUCGAGCUGCUGGGCACCAUGUCUUCUAGACAGGCGUCUCUGGACCAGGAGGUUAAAAACGGAACCUCGCGGAACGUGCUGGAGCGAUGCGCCUCGGUUAACGAGUAUUUUGACAUUUCCUUCAAGGUGAUGCUGCUGGGCGACUCGGCUGUAGGGAAGACUUGUGUCCUGGUGCGCUUUAAAGACGGUGCCUUUCUGGGGGGAAACUUCAUCGCCACCGUGGGAAUAGACUUUAGGAACAAGGUGGUCUCAGUGGAUAAUAUGAAGGUCAAACUCCAGAUUUGGGACACAGCCGGGCAGGAGAGGUUCCGCAGUGUCACUCAUGCGUAUUACCGAGAUGCACAGGCUCUGCUGCUUCUGUACGACAUCACCAGGAAGUCGUCCUUCGACAACAUCAGGGCCUGGCUGACUGAAAUUCAUGAGUAUGCACAGAAGGAUGUGGUCAUCAUGUUGCUUGGCAACAAGUCAGACAUGGCGGCUGAGCGGGUCAUCAAGCACGAGGAGGGACAGAAGCUGGCUAAGGAGUAUGGAGUUCCCUUCAUGGAGACGAGUGCCAAGACUGGUCUUAACGUGGAGCUUGCAUUUCAUGCCAUAGCGAGAGAGCUGACGCAGAGAGCAGCCAGCCAGCCCCACGAGCCCAAGUUCCAGAUCCACGAUUACAUCGAGUCCCAGAAGCAGAAGUCCAACUGCUGCGGAGGACUGAUGUGACGACGCUCAUCUUCCCUCCAGAGAGCGAGAAGAAGAAGAACGAUUUUACAGAGGCAUUAAUGAACGAAGGAGAAGAGAGAGAGGGAGAGAGAGAGAGAAUAAUGGACUGAUAAAUGCAGAUCAUGCGUAUAAAGACGGGUGUGUGAGUGAAAUGCUUGUUAUAUGGAUGUGUCUCGCACUCUCUUGGCAUUAAACCCAUCUGCCCUUUACCAUCAGGUGUAGCUACACGUCCACCAAUCCCUGCUCUUUAUCCUCCGACUGUACUGAAAAGAGCUCCGUCCCCUGGAGGUUAGAGAGCUGAGCUGCAAAAACGCCAGAAACAGCGACGUGCAGAAGCUUCGCUCAGCACUGGAGGAUCCAGAAUCACUCGCUACCUGAAUCUACUGUUAGUUAAUUAUUAGUUUAGUUGUAAGUACAGCACUUUUCAUCGUCACCAUCCCUGUAAAAGUGAUAGUUCAGUGAAAAUGAAAUGUACAGCUUUCCUGUUACCCUGACCCCUGUCUGAAGGUCAUUCUUGCUUCUUUAAUUUUGUGCUGGAGCAUCCUGGCUAACAGAGCUACCAAAUAACUGGAGCUUAUAUAGCCGAACAAUCAGCUCUGAGCAAGACUACAACCUAUCAAACGCAAAAAAGGCUCAUUUAUACUCGAUUUAUGCUUUUCAAAAAAAUCCUUUUGAAUUGGCAAAGGGUGACAAUGGACGGUAAGCAGUGCAUUCACUAGAGGGCAGUGCAGAGUCAAACUUUUCUGAAAAUACCAAACAUGGCGUUAACGGUAAAGAACUUUGCGAUAAUUAGCGAAAAAAAUACAUUCCGUUUCAUCCUGAUCAUGUUUAUGUUUAUUUAGGAGUAACCGUGUUUCCCUGCUUGCAUAGUUGGCUGCUACACUGCCUCUACUAUUUUCAGUGGUACUACUUUGUUGCACGAAUGCAAACAAUUAAAGAAUGCUUUUAAUUUGUACGCUAGUAGAAAAUUGGGAGAAAUACAGAGAAAAUUAAUGCUUCCUGUACACAUGCUUUUAGAAAAUGUGCUUAAAUAAGGAUCAAAUUUAAGUUUUGAAUACAUAAGAUUUGAGAAAGAUGAAAUUAACAUUUUGUAUACUUAAGAUUGCAAUCAAUUCUGUAAUCUUUCAGAGAACUAGCACAAAUACAGACAAAAUAAAUGCCUUAAAUUCUUAAGCUUUGGGGAAAUGUCCACAAAUAUGGACCAAAUGAAGGUUCUGUUGCUGUAAUCUUUUAGAGAACUAGCACACAUACGGACAAAAUUAGCACUUUUAAUCUGUAAGCUUUCAGAAAAUGUGCACAAAUACGGAUGAUAUUAACGUUCCGUUUCUGUAAACUUUUAAAGAACUAUCACAAAUACGGACAAAAUAAAUGCUUCAUAUUCUUAAGCUUUCAGAGAAUGUACACUAAAACGGACUAAAUGAAUGAUCUGUAUUUGUAAGAUUUUAGAGAGUUAGCACAAAAUACGGACAAAUAACAACAAGAAACAAACACUCUGUUUCUGUAAUCUUUCAGAGAACCAGCACAAAUACGAAGAAAACCAAUGCUUCAUGUUCUUAAUUUUUAGAAAAUGUGCACAAAUACGGAUGAAAUAAACGUUCCGUUUCUGUAAGCACAAAUACGGACAAAAUAAAUGUUUCAAAUUCAUAAGCUUUUGGGAAAUGUGCACAAAUCGUAAUCGUCGUAAUGCGUCAUUCUAAAGUCAUAAAAGGGGUAAAAAAAAAGUUUGUUCUUUAUCGUGUUGUAUUUAUUCAUAUCCUCGUAAGAUUUCAGACACUGUGCACAAAUACGGACAAAUUAACUGCAGAGUUAAUUUGUCCGUAAACAUUUGUAAAACUAUUUUCUAAAAGUUUUUUUCUGCACCCACACGAUUUCUAGUGGCAUUGCUCCAUUCUGUUUUAACUGGAUGUACACAAACACGGAUUAAGGCAAAGCAAAGUAUGGACAGAAGUCUUUGUCCGUAUCCAUAUUCAUACAUAAUAGCAUUGAGCAUAAAUGAGCCUUUAAUUAUUAUUUUUUUCUUUGAACUAUCACUAUCACUAUAAAACAUACACUAGUACUGAAGUUCCAUUUACUGAACCCACCAUUUCCGAAUCUGAACUGAAAUAAUGUUAUAAAAUGUUCUAAGCCAUGCCUUUUGUGCGAUUUUGUACAUAGAAAGCCAUGUUUCUGAGUGAACUAUUGAUCUGUUGAUAGCUUAUUUUGGUGUUUAGUGAAAUAUUGUGGAUCUGAGGCAAAAACAUUUUGUUCUGUAACUUUAGACGAGCCAAACUCAUCAACUUUCCCUUGUCAUUUCUACAUUUGAAAGAAGCGGAGGACAUCUUUCUCGACCAAUACAUUUUAGGGAGCCCAGUACGGCUAUUUUUCAUGUUAUAAUCAUGAUCGUAGCUCACUGUUCACACAUCUCUGAGACACUCUGAGGCCUGAUUCUCAAAGCUAAUAGUUGUUAAAGCCUUUUAAUUUGAAAUCAAUUGGUGAGCACUGGUGAUAUUUUUAGUUUGUAGCAAAAUAUUGGGUAAAAACAUGUUAUUGUAAUAUGCUGCGUUGCUAAAAAGCUUUGGAGCGGGCUAGCUAUAAUGCUAACAGCCAGCUUUGGCGCAGGGUAAGAGCUAAAAUGCUGGCAGACAACGCAGCCAGGCUUGAAAGAUUUAAGAGGGUCAGCCAUGAUGCUUCUGUAAGCCAGCUUUCACAAGGGUAGAGCUGUGAUUCUAAUAUACGCAGCAGCCGGGGCAGUGGGUAACCGCAAUGCUACCAGCUGGUUUUGGCAGGGUUUGAGCUGCAAUGCUAACAGACAUGGCAGCCAGGUUCAGCAGGGUUGGGGAGGUGAUUUAGCUGUGAUUUAGCAGCCAGCCUCAGCAGAAUUAGAACCAAGAUGCUAACAGAAACUGCAAAAAGAUUCUGAGGGCUUGAAGAGGUCUAGCCACUAUGCUAACAUCCAGUCUCAGAAGGGUUAGAGCCUUGCUGUUAAAAAAGAAACUGUAGCCAUGAUUGGAAGGUUUGAAGAGGGUUAGCUCCUAUGCUAAAAGCCAGUCUCGGCAGGGUUAGAGUUGCAAUGCUAUUAGAUACAGCAGCCAAGCUUAGAAGGGUAGAGGAGGUUUGGCCACUAUGCUAACAGCCAGUCUAACAGACAAAUCAGCUGGGUUUGACAGGUUUAGAGCAGGAUAGCCAUUAAGCUAUCUGUCAGCCUUGGUUAAGUUAGGGUUACAUUGCUAACAGAAACCUUAGCCAGGCUUGAAAUAUUUGAAGAGGUUUAGCCUCUUUGCUAACAGCCAGUCUUGGCAGGGUUAGAGCCACGCUGCUACAAGAAACCAUUGCCAGCUUUGGAAGGUUUAAAAGGUUUCAGUCUCAGUAAGGUUAAAUUUGCAAUGCUAACAGAUACAACAGCCAGUCUUAACAGGGUUAGAGCCACGCUACUCCAAAAAAACAUUGCCAGGCUUGGAAGGUUUUAAGGGGUUUAGCCACUAUGCUAACAGUCAGUCUUUGCAAUGUUAGAGUUGCAAAGCUGUAAGACAUAGCAGCCAGUCUUAGAAGGUUUAAGAGGUUUAGCCACUAUGCUAACAGGCAGUCUUGGCAGGGUUAAGGUUAGGGUUGGAGCCACGCUGUUACAAGAAACCAUAGCCAAUCUUGGAAUGUUUGAAGAAGGUUAGCCACUAUGCUUAAAGCCAGUCUCGGUAAGGUUAAAUUUGCAAUGCUAACAGAUACAACAGCCAGUCUUAGAAGGUUUGAAGAGGGUUAGCCACUAUGCUAACAGGCAGUUAAAGUUGCAAUGGCCCUAAAGUUGCUCUAUAUUAAAUAAGUUAAAUUUUACCCACAGAUAUCACCAGAAUUAUGACAAUUUAGAGCUCAUUUUGAUGAUAACUGAAGCCCCCAGUUAUGAUUAAAGGUUAUGAUGGUUCUACAUGUUUUGAGAAUCUGGCCUCUGGUUCCUCUAUCAGGUCCGUCAGGUAUUUUCUGAAUAGUUUCAGCUUUUUUGCUAAUGAGCCGCGCUGUGUAAAGGAGAAUCUGUUUAUAGAUUAUUGUUACUGGUCUGAUUCAGUUGUUACUUGUUAGCUUUUGAUGUCACACUGAUAACGGUACUGUUACAGAGAUCACAAAGUGCCAAGACGAAGUGCUUUGUAACUGUAUACAUUCUGUAUAAACCUCUAUUUUGUAAUGUAGAGGAUUUCUGUUGUAAAGUGUUCCUUAUUGUGU